UUACUUUUCAGAACUAAGAUGUCAGUUGUAGAUGAAACUACUACAAUCUCAAAGCUUAAAUGUAAAAAAUGCCGUGCUGUUGUUCUUGAAAAUCCUCCUUCAGGUUUCAGGUCAAGCACAGAAUCUGAGGAGGGAAAUAUUUACAGUGUUGCAGAGGACCAGCUACCCACUUGGGUCAGCACAGCGGUAGAACAGAGUGGAUGGACUAAAGGAAAGUUAUCUUGUCCAAGUGAAUGUGGCUCCAGAAUUGGAGGAUUUGAUUUUGUAAGUGGACAUUCCGAACCGAUCUAUAUAGUCAAAAGCAAGGUUGAUAUUUGGAGUCCGGUGUCCAAUACAGUGCUAGUUGAACCAAGGCCAAGAGAGGAACAGUCAGGGUUUUCCUCCUCGCAAGAAAUCCCCGAAAGUUCUGGAGAAAAUCCCCAGAAUGCCGCAAAUUCCUCUCUCAAUCUUAGAUCUUUAGACGGAGAUAUGAGCGAAGUAUUGUCUGAAAAUACACCUGAAGAUGAACAGCAAAGCUCCUCAUCUGAUGACACACAGCACGAAUCGUCCGAGGAAGAUAUUCCCCGUGGCCGGCGAUAUACUCGGAAAGUGAAAAGACGACAGCGACGACGAGAACGAGAAAAGAAAAGAAUGCGGGAAAUAGAGUCUAAGAAUGAACGUGUUGAAGCCAAGCUCAGGGAACUACUUGAAGCAGAACCAGAGCUGGGAGAUCUACCAGAGGAUAUAAUUUGUCCAGUUUGUCUAGACCUCCUUCAUGAACCUUUCCAGACGGAACCAUGCCACCAUAUAUUCUGUGAACCCUGUCUGAGGCGACUAGGGCAGAAGAAUCCAAUGAAUACAAAAUGUCCCCUCUGCAGAACUAGAAUACGCUUCUGUAAACAUCUUGCGGCAACAUCUCGAGAAAUCAGAGAAGAACACGAAGCUUUAUAUCUACGGAGAAAGAAGUUUGAGAGAUCAACCCCAGUUUUCUCCUAUCCUCUACCCUGGACUCCAGGCUGGAGAAAUCUUAUCAGAGGUCGUCCUCUUGGAGGCAAUAGGUUGUUAGUGCAAGAUAACCAUGUUGAGUAUAUCCGAACCAUCUUGCAUCAGAUUCCCUACUACAUCCCCCCGGUUAUGUUUGCUAAUAUCAUCAAUAUCUUGAUAUUCGCUUGUAUGCUCGGCACCUUGGAGUUCCUUCCCACCAUCAUCUACACCCUCCUCGGGACCAGCAGGGAGGCGGGGGAUACAACUAACCUUACUGAUCAUAUUCAGGAACUAUCAGGCGAUUCUGCAGAGGAGGACUUACACACACCUCAGAUAGAGAGGAGUCCAGAUGAGUAUGAGAAGCAAGGAUCUGAGGCCCUAGAUUCAACAUUUUAUUUUAUUCUCUUCUUCCUCAGCCUUGUUGCUGCUGGUAUCAGUCAAAUACAUUCUCUCAUCAAUGCAGACAGAGGAGGUGAAAGGUUUGGAUACAGAUAUUCUGAUCUUUUUCUAAUGAUUUGUCUGACCUGUCUUCCUCUCUUCGUGUUCCCUACCUUCCUUCCAAACAGGUCCCAGGACGGUGUUUAUCUUGGUAGUUUAGUAAAGAAAGCUGGAAGUUAUCUCUUCUCACACUUUAGUAUACAUACUCUAGUUCUGUGUCUCGUACUGGCCUGGUUUGUUUACACUUGUGAUACUAAUGAAGACAUCUUGGGAUAGACAUUUUAAACAUACUGGACAUUUCAAACAUGGUGGACAUGUGGGACAUUGGACAUCCGUUAUUAUUUUAUAUUCAUGAAAACUAAUAGGGAUAAAAUUAUAUCUCUCCUGAAUAAUAUGGUUUCAUCUUUGUCUUUAUCUUUCCUUGGACAUAUUGAAUACUAAUCACAUUGAAUACUAGACACAUUAAAUAAUAGACACAUUGAUUACUAGACACAUUGAAUACUAGACACAUUGAAUACUAGAAACAUUGAAUACUUAAUACAUUGAAUACUAGACACAUUGAAUACUUGACACAUACUAGUGACAUUGAAUACUAGACACAUUGAAUACUAAACACAUUGAAUACUAGACACAAUGAAUACUUGACACAUACUAGAGACAUUGAAUACUAGUCACAUUGAAUACUGACAUAUUGAAUACUUGACAUAUUGAAUACUAGACACAUUGAAUACUAGACACAUUGAAUACAAGACACAUUGAAUACUAGACACAAUAAAUACUAGAUAUUGAAUAAUAGACACAUUGAAUACUAGACACAAUAAAUACUAGAUAUUGAAUAAUAGACACAUUGAAUACUAGAAACAUUUAAUACUAGACACAUUGAAUACCUGACAUAUUGAAUACUAGACACACUGAAUACUGGACAUAUUGAAUACUAGACACAUGUAAUACUAGACAUAUUGAAUACUAGAGACAUUGAAUACUAAACAUAUUGAAUAAUAGCCACAUUGAAUACUAGACACUGGCAUUUAGCAAUUUUAUUAGACACAAAACUUGACAUUAGACAAUUGUUAUUACAAAUACUAAACUCUUCAGUACAGAAUAUACUAGUAUACACUACACUCACUACAGCUUUACUGCACAGUGUUCUUAAUAUUAGGAUUCAACAUUCAAGGGAUGUAUUUGUUCUAAAGACAAAUUAAAGUUUAAUGGAUUUUGAUUCUAUCCUUCUAACGAUUUGAUGUUCCAAAAUAUUUAUUGACAUUACACCAGCAGCAAACUUUCAUUUUUGUGUUAAGUGACUGUAAGCUUAUGAAAACCGGAAGGUAACUCGACCCCAUUUAAAUCAUGACUGCAGAAAGCAGAAUAUAAAAUUUUUGUGGAUAAUUUUUAAGAUUUUAAAAUACUCUAAAUAAAAUAUGUUUAAACUGAAUGUGAUACGUCUGUAGCUCUAUCAAUGUUAUAAAUGUAGUUAUUAUGUUUUAAAAUAUUUACGAAAAUGAGAUAAAAUUAAUGACUUUAACCCUAUACUCUGUCCUUAAAGUGGGAUUUGAUUUUAAAAUGAAAAAUAAAAUUAAAAUUGAUUUUA